ACCAAUUGACAUCAGAAAUCAACAUGAACUCAAUCAGCAUCUUAGUACCAACCAUUGUAUUGCUCUUGGUCUUGGCCUGUGUAGAAUGUCAGUUGACAUUUUCACCCGAUUGGGGCAAACGAUCGGUGGGAGCAUCGGGUUCAAAUACUGGAGCAUUCUUUGAUCCCCAGCCAGGCAACUGUAAGACAUCUAAUGAAAUGUUAUUGGAAAUCUUUCGUUUUGUCCAGAAUGAAGCCCAAUUAUUUUUGGAUUGCAAACAUCGGGAAUAAUUUCAUCAAAUUGGAAAAACGGCUCAUUGAUAAUUUAUAAGUUUUCAAGCAUUUCAAUCAUAUUCAAUAUCAUCUUUAUUGUAUU